UAGCAUUGACACAUGGCUGGAUCUUUGUUCAUUUUCAUGUAUGUCUGUUAGCGAGAUUCAUUUUCAUAUAGAGCAUUGUUGUUAAAUGACAUUCACACGUUUCAUAGAAAAUAAUUGAGACUUUGAAAGAUGUAUUACCCAAUUUAAUAUGUCUUUGUAUUAAGUCUACGUUUCAUGCGAUUCUUAAAUUCAAUAUAUAUAUAUAUAUAUAUAUAUAUACAUAUUUAAUGCUGAUUGUAACAUAUGGCGUUGAAAUAAUAAUCCUAUUAAUGUUCAAAUAUAAUGCGCAUUGAACGUCUUCAACUUCUAUACAUUCCUCGUAUAUUACGAUUGUUAAAGAACGACAUGCAACCAGCUUCUUUGUUUCAUUUUUAUCUGGUAACGUGACAUAAGAUAAUUGUAAAUGUAUAGCUGAUAAUCUAUGGAAUACCUUGUGUUUUACUUCAGAUAACAUUUGACAGAGGUAUCUAUAAAUAAAGACGAAUGGUGUAAUGUUUCCAUAGACUAUAUCAUUUUUAUUAUUCAUGUUCUUUUUGACUUCAUGAAUUACUGUUGAAUUUUAACCGUUAGCUGUUAUCUUCAAAGCUCUUUCUUUUUUUUUAACAAAGGAGAUAAGUACUUGUGUAAAAUAAUUGUAGAACAAUAUAUUUAGUUUCCCAUCUUUGCUAUUAUCCGUUUAGAUAACGAACUCUGUGGAAAAAUAUUCUUUGAAUUUAAAAUCUAUUGUCACAAAGUAAAUAUAUGAAUAUUAAAUUUAAGUUGUACCAAGUAAGAAAUAAAGCAUAUGCAUGUUUUAGAGGAACAAUAUGAGUUCUGGUAUUGGAGAGGCAAGCGUGUACCAUGCUCUGGUUGUAAUAUUUUUGGAAUUUUUUGCAUGGGGUUUAUUAACCAUGCCUGUUAUCUCCGUACUGAAUAUCACAUUUCCAAAUCAUACGUUGCUGAUGAAUGGUUUAAUAAUGGGCAUUAAAGGAAUCUUGUCAUUUCUUUCCGCGCCAUUGAUAGGUGCUCUGUCCGAUGUGUGGGGACGAAAGUUCUUUCUACUUAUUACAGUAGCCUUCACAUGUGCGCCGAUUCCUUUAAUGAGCAUCAACACAUGGUGGUUCUUUGCUAUGAUUUCCAUCAGCGGUGUUUUUGCUUGUACAUUCUCAGUGGUAUUCGCAUAUGUUGCUGAUGUAACAGAAGAACAUCAAAGAUCUGCAGCGUAUGGUAUGGUAUCAGCAACUUUUGCUGCAAGUAUGGUAAUAAGUCCAGCAUUGGGAGAUUACAUUAUGAAAGAAUAUGGAGAAAAUCUUGUGGUUGCAUUGGCAACUUCUAUCGCAGUGUUGGAUGUGUUUUUUAUAUUAGUGGCUGUACCUGAAAGUUUGCCUGAAAAAGCUCGUCCACCAGCACCUAUAUCUUGGGAGCAGGCAGAUCCUUUUGCUUACCUUGGAAAGGUUGGCAAAGAUCACACUAUCUUAAUGUUGUGUAUUACUGUGUUCCUGAGCUAUCUUCCUGAAGCUGGACAAUAUAGUUGUAUAUUUGUCUACUUGGCUAAAGUUAUGGGGUUUACUGCUUUGAUGGUAGCAUUUUUUAUUGCUGCAGUAGGAAUUUUAAGCGUCGGAGUUCAAAGUCUCUUAGGUCUUCUAAUAAAGACACUUGGCAGUAAACAUACUAUAAUGUUAGGCCUCUUAUUUGAAAUGUUACAACUCAUGUGGUUCGGCUUUGGUUCACAAACAUGGAUGGUGUGGGUAGCCGGAGUACUCGCUUCUGUGUCAAGUAUUACAUAUCCUGCCAUCUCAGCAUUCAUAUCCAUGCAUUCUGAUGCCGAUAAGCAAGGUUUGGUACAAGGCAUGGUAACUGGGAUGCGUGGACUGUGUAAUGGUCUUGGCCCUGCAAUGUUUGGAGUAAUUUUUUAUCUGUUUCGCGUUGAUCUCAACGAUAAUUCUCCCCUUCCUGCUAAAUCAUCUCCUUUAGAUGAAAAUAAUAAAACAGGAACUGCCACACAACAUCCUGAUAUUAUACCACAGUUAGUAACCCAGCUUGUACCGGGGCCACCAUUUGUGUUUGGUGCAUUACUUGUGAUAUGUGCAUUACUGGUAGCUGCAUUUAUACCCGAAUCAAAUACAAUGCCAACAGGACCGUUACAUCAUCCAUCCACCUCCCGGAGGCCCUCCGGUAAAUACGCAUAUCAGAAAUGUUUGUCCUUGGAUGUACACUAUGAGGCGGACAAAUUGGGAAGCGGUAAAGGAAAAAUAGGACCGCUGUCACCUCUAGUCGAUAAUUGCAAUUCUGCUGCUCUAUAGCUAUUAUCAAAAUUGGAACAAGAUACAGCGAAAAAAGGGGAUACGUAUCUUUGCCCAGUGACGAAACUCUAUGUUUAGAGAAACAAUCGUUACUGUCAAGUGCACCAACUUCACAUGAACUUUUCAGAGAGCUGUCUAUAUUGUAUUAUACUACGUCUUUAAGUCAAUAACUGAGUUUGAUUUUUAGGAUUAUCAAUCCACGUAAAAGUUUAGGUUAUGAAGGAAUUUUACGAGCAGUGCUUGUUUUAUAAUAUCUAGGUUGAGUUGAGGUUUAAAUUCCAUCGAUUUUGAUGUUUUAUUACGUACGAAGAAGUUGAAUUCUCUUUAAAAGAAAAAAAUGAAAAAAAAUAUGAGAACAAUGAUAUAAAUUUGUAUGAAAUCAAGCACUGGAUAUCUUGAUGCAUCAUUUAUCAGUGACUCCUAGUUUGUGUAACUUGCCGAUAGUAUAUAACGGUGAAACGAAUGAAAGUUGUAACCAGUAUUUUUACUAGAUUUAUAACAAAUAAUUAUUGAACUUUUUAUGUAAAAUUUCUUUUUUUUCUUUU